UCUUGGUGAACUCUCUAAAGCGCAAAUCUUCUGAAGACAUGCAACCAGCAAAGAAUAUAAAAAAACCACGGAAAGCUGAGGUUAACUACCUGCCCUCUCAUCCAGCCGGGGAAACAGAAGAUUCCCUUGAGAGUAACAGGCUGGAGUUGAUUUCUGAGACAAAGAAAAAGAAUAACAGCAGAGUUAUAAAUGAGAUGAUGUCAAGAACAUUCAGUUUGAGAAGACAGGAGAUUGUAGGUCAAGCCCCAAGUGUUGCAGAUCUUCUAGAGAGAUGGCCUGCUCUCUUUGAACCAUCGCAGAUCUGUGAAGAGUUCCUGAGAAUCAGUGGCAUAUCACUUGAGUCUACAUUUAUGUCACAGUUGGACAGACAAACUCCAAAGCUGUUGUCACUUUUCAAUGCAAAAGGAGGAGCCGUCGGUCAAAGAAUCAGGUUCCAAAUGAUGACACUCAUCCAGGAUCCAUCUGCCUCUGUGGAGAAAAGGAGAGAAGUGGUCCUGAGAUGCCUGAUUGAGUACAUGGGGGAGAGACAGGAAGACCUCAUCAGUGUCCACCAUAGUCGUGAUGAAACAGAGGUGCACGCUGAGCUUGGCAGUUGCCCACUGAAAAUUUACAUGUGCCAUCAGCCUGACACGAUUGGGAUUAUCAUAGAAGGACAGCCUGUGGUCAGAGGUGUGGCAAACCUGUCGAAAGCAUGCUGCCUUCUGUUUAGAUUUACCUAUGCCCUCGACCUCAAGUAUCCCUCAAAACUGGUGCAUACUUUUGAGAUAUAUCAGAGACUCUUUGUGGGAUUGGACCCCAUGCGUCCCAAGCCAUCAUCCAAGUAUGCAAAUCUCCUCACCAAGUUGUCUUAGAUGAUUUCUCAUUGUCAUCUGGCAUUGUUUCCCAUCAUUUGAAAACGUAAUCACUUUGGUAGGUGAGUUAAAACCAACUUAAGCGUACUGUAACAUAAUCAGAUAAUUUUAUAAUCUUCAGGGUGAUUUAAAUAUUUGUCUCUGAAUUUUACCAGUAUUUUGAUUUAAAAUAAUUAGUCUUAAAGAUUUAAUUUUUUGUUUGUUUUUGACCUUAAAAAGGAAAAUGCCACCGUUCUUCCCUCAGCUUAG